CUAAUGGACUGCAGACAUAGUACAGGAGAUGACCAGAGACUGCGGACAGUACAGGGAUGACCAGAGACUGUGGACAGUACAGGAGAUGACUGCUGACCUUUGGGGAGGGGGGGGGAGCGGGUACCUGAAUUUGACAGGUACCCGCUCUUACUACCGCGGAGUUGUUUGAUCUUACCUGUUCCUGUAUCUAGCCGCGCUCUGUCUUCCCGGCUUCUGUAGUGUGGGCGGCUCGGCUUGACAGCCGGGUGCCCAGUGCGCAUGAGCGAGAAGCGCUGCGCUUUGUGAUUGGUCCGGCGGCUUCUGGGACCUGUCAUGUGUCCCAGGUGCCGCCUUACCA